AUUUAAAUCAAACUCAAAAUAACAAUGAUUCCUUGUUUAUUAUCCGUGAUCUUUGGAACAAUGUCGACUAUGAUAAUUGGAUUUUAUUGGUAUUCAAUAUUAUUUCGGGAUCGUUAUUUAAAAGAAGCAAAUAUUUAACUAGAUAAAGAACAUGAAUUAAAUGAUUAGAAUAGUAAGCCUUUAAUUUUAGAAUUAUUGGCCAGAUUCAUACAAGCAUCAUUAAUUACAUACUUAUACUUACUCCUUAAAGAAAAAGUAAUCUUAAUCACUUAAAAUAGAAUUCAAGAGAUUUUGGAUUAGCGCUAUCUUUAUCAGUGUUCUUUUGUGUCGGUUUUCAAGUUUAAUAUUAUACUUCAAAAGUUGUUUGGGAGCAGAAAACUUGGAAUUACUUUUUUAUGAAAGUGACUGAACAAUUUAUAUCACUUUCUACUCUUUCCACAAUUGCAUACAUUUUUGUAUCGUGAAAUAUAAUUCAAAAUUUUUUGCAC